UCACGACCUAUGCCCCCGAGCCCGCCGACAAACCAUUGGUUCUACGGGCACAAAAUCCCGCAGAACUCGGAAUUGCCUUUCCUUCAAAUGGAAGAGUGGAUUAAGGAGUUCGGUCCUGUCAUUACACUCAGAGAUGGAACAGAGAAGUACGUUGUCAUAGGUGGACAGCAGGCGAUCUUCGACAUUAUGGAAAGACAGGGCGGUCUGCUAGCUGACAGACCCCACCGCAUUUCCAUCACCGAGUUGCUCACUAGGGGCGUUAACAUCGGAUUUGCCAAUGGCGCUCGGCUUCGUCUCAUGCGACGCGCAUUGCAUACCCACCUCCAGCCAAAAGCUAUCGGCACCUACGCUCCUCUACAGAUGGAACAUGUUCGCGGGACAAUUAUUGGCUUGCUCGACGAGCCGAUGAAAUACCAGGGUCACGCGCGUUCGUACGCUUCGUCUGUCGUGCUCAAGGUCGCGUAUGGCAAGAGCAAACCCGCCAACACGUCAGACCCCGAGGUGCAGGAUAUCGAGCGCAGCAUGGCCAUGAUGCGUGAUGCGAUCCGCCCUGGCGCAUACCUCGUCGACUAUGCGCCGUUUAGGUGGCUUAAGUAUAUGCCUUGGUACGGACAAGAGCUUAGGAAGACACACGAAACCGAUACGAAAUUGUUCGUGGGGCAUUUGGAGAAUGUACAGAACAAGCUGAUUGAUGGUGACGCGGGCCCCUCGUUCAGCAGACACCUGUUCGAGAACGAGAGCAGCUACGGGAUGUCGCGCAAGGAGAUGGCCUUCCUCGCUGGCUCAUUCUACGCCGCUGGCUCUGAAACCAGCGCGAUCGGAGCGUGUCAGAUCAUGAUGACCGCUGCACUCCAUCCCGAAAUCCAGACUCGCGUGCAGGCCGAGAUUGACGCAGUUGUCGGGCGUGACAGAGCGCCGACAUUCGACGACGAGAACUCGCUCCCGCUCGUCAGGGCGUUUGUGCAAGAAAUGCACCGGUGGCGACCGAUUGCUCCUACAGGUCUCUCGCACUAUACAACCGACGAUGUCAUCUGGAAUGGCUACUGUAUUCCCAAGGGAACGACUGUCUGGGGGAACCACUGGGCGAUAUCCCGAGACCCUGAGUUCUGGGCCGACGCCGACAAGUUCGACAUCAACCGGUGGCUCACCGAAGACGGCGCCUUCCGCACGGACCUCAACGACAUGCGGCACAUCGCCUUCGGCUUCGGACGGCGCAUCUGCCCAGGCCAACACCUCGCCCAACGCUCGCUUAUCAUCAACGCCAUCGUUAUCCUCUGGGCUUUCCGCAUCUCGUUCGACCCGACCAAGUACUCCAAGGACGCGCUCCGGAACCCGGUGGAGAGCCCCGAAAUCGAUUCAUUCGCGUAUAUGCGCGGCGUCCCGACCGACAAGCCCGCGUUCAGCUACGUAUUCGAGCCGCGCAUCGAGCCAGGCCGUCUGCGGGAAAUGAUGAAGGACUACCCGUAUGCGUGAGCUGUGGUGGUCUUGCUUAUUUACUGGGCGGCAGUUGUAGCGAUGCGGAAUAUGUUCUACUGUGUUUAGAUGCUUGGUUAUCACAUUUCC